AUGUAGAACCUCUUCAAAUCUAUAGCCCAAGACUUGAUCUAGACUGUCGAAGUAAGACAUUUAUCCAUUAUAAUAUUAGCAUUCCUGUGAUGGAAUAACAUAUUCAAUUGAACCGGAGUAGCCUUAUCACAAGUUGGAAGAGCUAUCAGAGAUCUUAGAUUAGGUCCAAGAUCUUGAUGGCCAAUUGUUAAAAGUGAUAUUGGAGAUAUUGAAGAAAGAGAACAUUCCAGAUCUUAUUGGAUUACUGAAAAAGAGAUAGAAUCAAGUUAGUAUGGAAGGUAUGAUAAAAAAACCGAACCCAGAUGAUGUGAAGAAGUAAAUUGAGAAGAUCAUGAAUAUAUUGAGAAAUAUUUUAGAUCAUCACUUUAGCAAAAACAAUUAUAGUUCAGAAACUUAUGAUAAGGAAAGAUAAAAUCUUAUCUAAAAGAUAGCAGGGAAUAAGAUAAUAUAAGAUUUUCUUAUGUUUUUAGUUCAAGUAACUGCUAUUGAUGAAAAAUUUAUUUAAGGAGGGUCAAAUGCUCUACAUUUAUUAGUGUAAAUGAAGGUAGAUAUAACAAACCAAAGUUUAGAGGAAAUCAAUAUCCAGAAUACUACUUUAAUAGGAGCAAAUUUUGUGAGAUGUAACUUAAGUGGAUCAAGAUUCAAAAAUGUAGAAUUAAGUGGUGUUAAUCUAAAUGGAUCAUAACUAUUAAAGUGUAAUUGGUAAAAUAUUAAGAUUCAUGAGUUAAACAAAUUAGAUGGUCAUAGUAAUCCUGUCUGUUCAGUAUGCUUCUCACAAGAUGGAACUACUUUAGCAUCUGGUAGUUAAGAUACGUCAAUCAGAUUAUGGGAUGUUAAGACAGGAUAGUAAAAAGCCAAAUUGUAUGGUCAUACUAGCUGGGUCCAAUCAGUAUGCUUCUCAUCAGAUGGAACUACUAUAGCAUCUGGUAGUUGGGAUAAGUCAAUUCGAUUAUGGGAUGUUAAGACAGGAUAAUAAUAUGCCCAAUUGGAUGGUCAUAGUGAUUUUGUCCAAUCAGUAUGCUUCUCACCAGAUGGAACUACUUUAGCAUCUGGUAGUGGUGAUUGUUCAAUUCGAUUAUGGGAUAUUAAAACUGGAUAAUAAAAAGGCCAAUUGGAUGGUCAUAUUAGUUCUGUCUAAUCAGUAUGUUUCUCAACAGAUGGAACUACUUUAGCAUCUAGUAGUUAUGAUAAGUCAAUCAGAUUAUGGGAUGUUAAGACAGGAUAAUAAUAUGCCCAAUUGGAUGGUCAUAGUGAUUUUGUCCAAUCAGUAUGCUUCUCACCAGAUGGAACUACUUUAGCAUCUGGUAGUGGUGAUU